CCCAAUUCAACUGUCUGUCCUCCAACUCCCUUCUCCCCGUCAAGAUCCCCCUUCCGUCUCCCUCCCCGCCAUGUUCGGCGCUUUCAAUCGCCUCAUCGGCCUGGACGCUGAGCCCGUCCAGCAGCCCCGCGCCCAGAGCACCGCCGACAGCUCGUUCGGCUUCCAGGUCCUCCGCAACAAGGACCCCGAGCUGCCCCUGGAGCCGUGGUUCGACUUCAUCGUCGGCAUCAACGGGCGGUUAAUAGAGGACCCCGACCCGAACCUCUUUGCGACCGAAGUGCGCAACUGCGCGGGCGCCAGCGUGACCUUUGAGAUCUGGAGUGCCAAGGGCCAAAAGACACACACCGUCUCCAUCCCCAUCCCCGCAUCCAACCCGACCCUGGGCCUGGCGCUCCAACUGGCCCCCCUGUCCUCCACCCAACACAUCUGGCACGUCCUGUCCAUCCCCUCGCCGCUCAGCCCGGCCUACCGCGCCGGCCUGCUCCCCCACUCCGACUACAUCAUCGGCACGCCCAGCGGGACGUUACGCGGGGAGUCCGCUCUGGGCGAGCUGGUCGAGGACCACCUGAACCGCACGCUCGUUCUGUGGGUGUACAACAGCGAGUUCGACGUGGUGCGCGAGGUCGAGCUGGUGCCCACGCGCGGCUGGGGCGGGGAGGGGGCAUUAGGUGCGGAGCUGGGGUACGGCGCGCUGCACCGGCUGCCCGUGGGGCUGGGCGAGGAGGUCGAGGGCCCGGGCGAGGUGGUGUUUGAGACGCGCGAGGACGGCACAUCCACGCCCGUGCUGGAACCAGGCCCGGCGCCGCCGUCGGGGCACUUCCUUGUGCCGGCCAACAUGGCCUCGCCGCCGCCGCUGGCCGGGCCGCCCCGGAACACGGCGUCGCCGGCGAGCCACUCCGGGCGCCGACAUAAGACGCGGCAUGCGGGGACGUCGUCGUCGCUGGCGGCGUUUGACGAGUACUUCGCGGAGGGCGAGCAGAAGAGCAAAGACCAGGACUAUGCGCCGUCACGACGGGGGACGCCGCUGGCGCCGCCGCCCAAGGCCGGGGUGUCGCCGAGUGGUGCGGAAUAGGCGUAGUCAGUGCAGAAGCCUUGAGCGGUUGUACAGUAUCAGUAUCAUGAGUCCCGGCGUUACGAUGCGAUCGAUUUCAAUACAUUUACAUUCGUGCCAAUGCCAUUAUAGCCAUGGCCUCGACUCAGCCGGCCCAUGACGGGCAGACAAGGCUGAAUACACCGUCUAGCUAGCUCGACUCGGUAGUCUUACGAGUCACGACAACGAAAUCAGAUUAUAUUAAUUAGGACGGUGAUUGGGCGGAUCAGCACUAACGACACCAGGAUGCAAUCCGACCCACGGGAAGCUGUCAUAGCCACAAUGACAAUGCUACACCAUCAUACCAGAUACUCCCUCCGGAUCUAGAUAUAAGUAUGAACCCUU